CUACUACUGACGGCUUAAAAGCACAAUGAAUGAGAAAGGACAUUUUUGAGAAAAAAAAAGCAACCCGACCCGUCUUCUUUGGAACUGAUCCAAGCAGCACAAAACCCAAGUCAAUUGGCGUUGGCACGAUUCAGAGAUUUGGUUCGCCUGAAACCUAAUGGCUCCGAAGCCCAAGCCGGCGUCGUCGCAACCUGCGCCUCCCCCUCCCCUCGAAGAUCUGUUCACCACGCUCAACAGGCACAUCCAGGCUUCUGCAUUCGACAAUGUCGUCAAAGUUACAGAUCAGAUUCUUGCCAUUGCACCCGACGAUGAGGACGCGCUCCGAUGCAAGGUCGUUGCGCUGAUAAAAAAUGACCGUGUCGAGGAUGCGCUCUCCGCCAUUAAGUCUUCUCGGAAGCAGCUCGAUGAUUUUCAUUUCUUCAAGGCAUACUGCUUGUACAGACAAAACAAGUUGGAUGAAGCUUUGGAGUCUUUGAAAAGACAGGAGAGANAGUGUUUAAUUGAUACUAAAAUAAAUUAG